CAGGGAGGUUGGACUAGAUGAUCUCCAGAGGUCCCUUCCAACCCAAACGAUUCUGUGAUUCUGUGAAAAUGGCGCAAAGCGAGACUUGUUCACCAUUUCUAGUGAGAAAUAUGUAUACUUGUUACAGUCUACAUUGACAGUAGUUUUGGAAGAGAAGGCAUCAGCUAGCUCUUGUCGAAGGGUUAUAUAGAUUAGUCUCAAUGGAGAGUGAACACUUUCAUGAUUUUUCUUCCUCAAGCAGACAUCUGGUGCUACUUCUGUCUUCUUGGAGGCAAUGACUCUUGCUUCCAGUACAUCUUCAAAUAUCUUGUUAUUAAGUAAUUAGAGAAUGAUUUUAAAAAGCAUUUUGACUGUGAAGAGCCCCAGUUAUUAUUUUUUCUGCUACCUGCUGGCAGUGGAGAGGAAGACGCUGAUGAGUCCUGCCUUGAUGUUUGCUGAAACAAACUGUAGAAAAAGGGCAGACCUGUGGACUCUAAAUAAUGGGACUAUCUGUAAAUAAUGAGACUCUUCAGGGCCCUUUGUAGACAGAUUGUGAAUUCCUGAUGAAACGUGUUAUUCAUCUUCACGCACAGGGCACAGUGUCUGUCCUGUGGUUCUGUCUUAGCAUUGGUCUAGCUACAUAUCAAGGCUAUAUAUUUCUUACAGAACAUACUUCUUAAUGUGCUCAUUGUAAUGAUGUCCAAAAGGACACUUUUUUUUUUUUAAUCAUUUCAGAGUUUUUCCAGCCAGAAAUUUUGUUUGGGCAAGAGAAAAACAAGAUGCAACAAAUAAGGUCAUUUGGUUGGGAUUUCUAGACAUCCAGACUGCAGGUGACCUGCAUUCUGGCCCAGUUCUGCAGCUAGGUAGCUGCAAAACCCAGCAAGUCACUUGGGUUGUACUGUCUCCCAGGCUGAUUAACUGAUCCUCAAGAUGAGGCACAUUUCCUCACCCACUGAGUGACGAUAGCCCGUCUCCAAGACCUUCUCCCUUUCCAUCUCCCAUCGUAUGAGUUAGAGGCUCAAAACCACUUUUAGGACAUCUGUCUUCUGUCAGUGACCUAAAGAGGGAACAGGGUUAUUUAACCUUUGCCUUGCUAUUGCCUGAGGAGCUGUCAAAAGCAUCUUCUAAAGGGGAACAAGCCCUUCAUGGCUUCUGUCUGUACUCCUCCAUCACCUGCAGUGCUUGUAUGAGAGUAUUUCCACAUAUAUUUUUCUUUUACAGCAAGCAAGUUCCCAGCUAUGGGAGGUUAACAAGCUGCUUGUGUAACUUAUCAUUACUCAUCAGCACAUCCCAUACUCAUUUGGAUCUCAGGGUGUGGCUUUAAUUAGCCAACUCCAUAAUAACACCCAGGUGAUAUGGUGAUGGAGUGACACCCUAGAAACCUUCUAAAUAGGAGUGUAGUAACCCUGUGUCUUUGGUAUAGUCUCUCAGAUUGUUGUUUGUCCAUCCUUCCUAUAUAGCUUUCAAGUCCAUUGGCUGUUUUCAGCCAGGUUGUGUUAAUGGAUUGAUCCCACAGAAAUGAUUCAAGCUCCUAGACCUUUCGUAGAAAUGUGCACCCAGAUGGAAGAGAAAGAGCAGUUUAAGUACCUGGACUGAGAAACUUGCUCUUGUUUAGAUAGCAGAAAAUCCACAGGAGAAGAAGAAUAUGUGAAUGCCCCAGCUACAGGAAAAACUGUUCUCAGGACUCAGUUAUUCAGUCUGAGCAACCUGGAAGAUAAGUAGGUGUUUUAUUACCCCAUAAUAAAUUUAGUCCCUGCUUUUCUGUAGCUACUUUUAAGGCCUGUCUCUUAUCUCAGAAGCUUAGUGAUGUCCUUCAGUUUGCUGGGCUUCUGUGGUCUUUAGCAUGUGUCAACCAAAUGUCACUGUUUUUUGCUGAAGCUGUCUGGGGCUUUGAAGUGGUCUGCCAUCAAGGUGUGUGUUCAGCCAAGAACAUUAUAGUGUUUGAUAUCAGAUACAGUCAGGCUAGUAUAACCACGUGCUCUAUGCUGCUUGGAGUUAAGCAAAGCGUUCCUUUGGUUGUCUUCAUUUCAGUGAACAGGGUUCGUAGUCUGGUUGCAUGUUUUUUGAAUAGCUCAAUAAAGUCAAGUGCUUCCUCUGUACAAGUUUGUCUUUUGCUUUGCCUCUGUUUUGGUGGGUUUUCAUUUGACUUAUUUUUCAGUGAUGUCCUGGGAUCCGCACUAGUAAGUCCUUUUCUACAUUCAUGCACUCAAGACCAUCAAAUACUUUCUUUAAGGAUGUCUUGCCCCUUGUUCUGCAGGUAUGGUCGUUCAUUUUAAUUUCCUGGCCUGUGCUUGUUUUCAUAAUCUUGGCCAUUAUCCGUCUCAAAUUUCCUCCAGAACCACAGCCAAACUGUUAUCUCGCACCCCGAAACCUUCCUAGUGCAGGCUUCUUCCCGUUCCUGCAAACCGUGCUGUGCGAUUCAGACGCCAGAUGUAAAGGCACACCGUACACACCAGAAGAUCUCCUACCAAGACUUAAUGGCAUCUCAUCUCUCAGACUUAAGCGGAGGAGAUCGGCUAAUGUGGGCAAGGACAGCCACUCAUCACCUGGGAGUGCUGAGGUUCCUAAAAGCAAGAACACUUUGCUGGCAUUUGGGGAUUUGGUAUCUCAUGGAGAAAGCACCCUUUGGAAUAUUUCAUUGCCAACCAACUCGACUUCCAGCAUCAACGUGUUCAACAGAACGCUCAGUUUUGGAAAGAGUCAGACACAGUACUCAACUGCAGCAAAUCUCAAAGUCAUUCUGUGUGAGAUCUUGUCACGCUAUACAGCACGUCCUGGUCUCACUGAGGGGAAGAUGGCAGCCAGCAUCCACAGGACUUUCUGCUUUACUGACUUGUCUCUUUUAGAGUCAUUUACCCAAGAGUUCAAAAAUCAGCUCUCUCAGGUGCGACUCAACCCACGAUACCAGGCAGUGUUUGUCAAUGAAAUGGUCUCGUUUCUGUUGCUCAUCUCUCAAGUGCAGAAUGACACCUCUUUGUGGCAUCUUCUUUUGCUGGCUCCAGAUGUGUUUCAGGGCAGCAUGCAGUUGCAAGACAUAUUUGAUUACCUUCAGAAUGCAAGCAGUGUUGUGUUGGCAGCUCAAAAUGUCUCUGCAUCAUUUGUGACUGAAGAUAGAUUCAGAACUGUUCAAAACGGGGUUACAGAUUCUCUGUUUUCCCUGAACUGCUCCAAGCAAGAUAAGGGAAAAAGUUUGGUGACCAGCGAUAUUUGUAAUCUCUUUGUUAACUGGAACGACAACCAGACUUUAGUAUCUGACUUGGAGGAAGUUCUGAGAAAAUUAAAGUUACCAGAGAUCGGUGGAAAAGACUCCAAGAGGUCCAUUAAUUCAUAUGAUUUAGAAGCCAUACAAAAGUCUCUGUAUCAUUUAAAAGGCUUUGAGAAAAAAAUGAAUAGAAGUGAAUUAAAAAGCUUAAAUCUAUUCAGAAAUUUCAAGAAUGAAACAUUACAGAAAUUGUAUGCAAUUCUUGAACUGGGAAUGUAUCCACAUCGUGAUUAUAAAUUAAAGGAACCAUAUAAUAAGGAAAUAAUUGAUGAAAUCUAUAACUUCACGUCGCUACAAUUGCAGAAUGACUUUAAUGGGACUUCCAUUUUCAGUACAGUGACCCAGUGGAACGAAAUUCAGACAGCUUUAAAAUUAGCUGCAGUGAUUUGGAAUCCAGAUUUGUUAAAUAAUUCUAAUUUUAACACAGAGCAAACUAAGGAUAUUCUCAAAAUGUUACUCUCCGCUAACAUGCCACCAUUUCUGGGAGACUUAAGAGCCCAUUUAGAUGAAAUACGAGAAAUACCAUCUUUGUUUUCUGACUAUUUGCUUAAACCUGUGUCCUACAAAAACUUUCCAGACCAGCUCCUAGCUCUCCAGAAAAUAUUUUUUAUAAUGACAAAUACGAACAUAGGUUAUCAGUACCUACUGAUGCCUGUGUUUGAACUGAUGCAGAAAGUACAAAGCUCCGUGGGUGAAGCCCGGUGGGACGAGCUGAAUAUCUACUGGCGCGUUGGGGAAAAGCUGAGAUCAAUGAAGUGGAAUAUCACAGGCAUCAUAGCUUAUGGGCAAUUUUUAGAUGUAUUAAACGGCCAUUUACAUAAAGUGAAUAGUAAUUCAAAUAGUUUCUUCAGUGAACAAAUGGAUCAACUGUCAGAAUUUGUAACAGCUGUUUUUAAAGAGUUUGAUGGAGAAAACUCUGAAGUAGCCAAUAUCUCACUGGUCACUCAAGCCAUACAGAAGACCUUGUAUGUAUUAAAAGACUUACAGCUGCGUUAUAAUGUCAGUAAAUUAAAAUCUAUAGAUCUGUUCUUUAAUUUUGACAAUCAAACCUUUGAGAGCUUAUCUGAACUACUGAGGAUAGGGAUGAAAAUCCUUCAUUAUACAGCUGCAAGUGAAACUUCCAGUGAAGGAAAAUUUAACCCUGUCUAUAAUUUAACACAUCUUCUACUGGAGGAGUUCCGUGAGUCUUCCUUACGGCACAAUACUUCAUUAGAGGCAAAAAUUGGGGACUUUCUGCAUUUAGCCUUGAGCCCUUUCCUCAGGGAUAGCGACAGCGAUCACGAGACGCCCCAGAACUGCUCUGCUCGAGACAUUCUCCACAUAACACUUCAGAUGCUGUUUGAAAAUGCCACCCUGAGUGAGUCCUUAGCCAGGAGCCCCUGCGAGCCCCUCUUUGCUUCCAUGGAUGUGGAGAACGGAACAAUGCCCAAUGAAACCUUUACAAAAAUGUUUCAACUUGCCAUAAUGAACCUGAAGCUGUCUCCGGAGUUUGAUAUUGCCUACAAGAACAGCAGCGAACGCUUUGCCAAGGAGCUGUCGUGCAUCAUCCAGUCUUUGCAGUUUUCUCUGAGUCUCCUGUCGGAAUUAAACCUUGUCUCUGAGCUCCAUAACUCCUGGAUACAGGAGAAGACAAAAGCUCUGGCUGCCCUCACGGAGGGGCUGCUGCCGAGCGGUGCAUCCUGCCCCUUUCCGGUCAUGCAGGAUGCGGGUGGUGCGCUCCCGUUUCGGCUUUUGAACAGCCUCGCUCCUUUCACGCUAAACAAAACAGGUUUGGACUCCCUAAAUUUCUCUGGCAGCCCUGCAGACUGGCGUAGGCUGCCUCUGUUUUCCCAUCUGUUACCGACUUUUUCCAUUUGGAACAGUAGUAUAUAUGAACUGCUACAGAUGGAUGGAAGUGCUUCCAACCAGUCUGAAUGGGGACAUUUCGCACGGCUGUGGAACGCCACUGGCAAUGUGUUGACCACCAAGUGGAACUUGACAGAAGUGGAUGAAUAUGUGAAACUCCUGGAAAUUAUGAAUAAAGCUCUAAUUCUUGUGGACAUUGGGGUAGCUCCCAGAAAAACAGAAGUAUAUCAGAUCCUUCGUAACACUAGUGAAGGAAUGAAGUUGUCAGAUCUGAAGGAUUUGUAUAGUUCGUUAAUACCCUUUUUCAAUUUAACUUCUGCUGCAAACAACACAGUGGACUUAGAAAGAAUAUUUCAAGAAAUUGCCCCGCUCUAUAAGGUUGCUGGUGAAAGAUUAUUCUAUCCUAAUCCCUACGGGAAAGAAAGUCAAGAUGUUCUAAGUAUGGCUGCAGUGAUUUGGAAUCAGAUCAUUUUAAAUAAGACUCAUUUUAAUACAGAGAAAGCAUGGGAGGUUAUCAAAAUGAUAGCGCUUCAUGCUGUCCUGCUUGAAGACAUGGAAAAUUAUCUCAGCACAAAGGAAGAAGUGUCAUCAUUAUUUUCUGAUUUCUUGGUGACCCCCAUAACUUCUGAAAACUUUGCAGAAAAGCUCAUGGCCCUUGAGCAGCUUCUUGCUGCCGUGGCAAAGGUGAACACCAGUGAUCAUUAUCUGCUGAUCUCUUCUUUGUCUAAAUUAAUGCAGAGACUCCAGAGUUCUCCUCACAGAAGCCAGGGGAGUGAACUUCUUCAUUUCUGGCAGAUUGCUGAAAUACUCCAGUCCGUAAACUGGGGCAGGAUGGACAGUCUCACUUCCGAAUCACUUCUAGACAUUCUGCAAAAUCAGUUUAAAACCAUGAAAAAUGAUUCCAGUCUUCCUUUCCGUAAGGAGAUGAAGCAGCUGAUAAGCUUUUUGUCUGCCAUAUUUGAGGUGUAUGGUGAAGAAGACUCUAGGGGAGCCAACAUCUCCUUAUAUUCACAAGCCAUACACAUACAGAGGAGUAUAUUCUUUCUCAAAGAUUUACAGAAAAGUUAUAACAUCAAUAAGGGAAAAAGUUUGGUGACCAGCGAUAUUUGUAAUCUCUUUGUUAACUGGAACGACAACCAGACUUUAGUAUCUGACUUGGAGGAAGUUCUGAGUACAGUGACCCAGUGGAACGAAAUUCAGACAGCUUUAAAAUUAGCUGCAGUGAUUUGGAAUCCAGAUUUGUUAAAUAAUUCUAAUUUUAACACAGAGCAAACUAAGGAUAUUCUCAAAAUGUUACUCUCCGCUAACAUGCCACCAUUUCUGGGAGACUUAAGAGCCCAUUUAGAUGAAAUACGAGAAAUACCAUCUUUGUUUUCUGACUAUUUGCUUAAACCUGUGUCCUACAAAAACUUUCCAGACCAGCUCCUAGCUCUCCAGAAAAUAUUUUUUAUAAUGACAAAUACGAACAUAGGUUAUCAGUACCUACUGAUGCCUGUGUUUGAACUGAUGCAGAAAGUACAAAGCUCCGUGGGUGAAGCCCGGUGGGAUGAGUUGAAUAUCUACUGGCGCGUUGGGGAAAAGCUGAGAUCAAUGAAGUGGAAUAUCACAGGCAUCAUAGCUUAUGGGCAAUUUUUAGAUGUAUUAAACGGCCAUUUACAUAAAGUGAAUAGUAAUUCAAAUAGUUUCUUCAGUGAACAAAUGGAUCAACUGUCAGAAUUUGUAACAGCUGUUUUUAAAGAGUUUGAUGGAGAAAACUCUGAAGUAGCCAAUAUCUCACUGGUCACUCAAGCCAUACAGAAGACCUUGUAUGUAUUAAAAGACUUACAGCUGCGUUAUAAUGUCAGUAAAUUAAAAUCUAUAGAUCUGUUCUUUAAUUUUGACAAUCAAACCUUUGAGAGCUUAUCUGAACUACUGAGGAUAGGGAUGAAAAUCCUUCAUUAUACAGCUGCAAGUGAAACUUCCAGUGAAGGAAAAUUUAACCCUGUCUAUAAUUUAACACAUCUUCUACUGGAGGAGUUCCGUGAGUCUUCCUUACGGCACAAUACUUCAUUAGAGGCAAAAAUUGGGGACUUUCUGCAUUUAGCCUUGAGCCCUUUCCUCAGGGAUAGCGACAGCGAUCACGAGACGCCCCAGAACUGCUCUGCUCGAGACAUUCUCCACAUAACACUUCAGAUGCUGUUUGAAAAUGCCACCCUGAGUGAGUCCUUAGCCAGGAGCCCCUGCGAGCCCCUCUUUGCUUCCAUGGAUGUGGAGAACGGAACAAUGCCCAAUGAAACCUUUACAAAAAUGUUUCAACUUGCCAUAAUGAACCUGAAGCUGUCUCCGGAGUUUGAUAUUGCCUACAAGAACAGCAGCGAACGCUUUGCCAAGGAGCUGUCGUGCAUCAUCCAGUCUUUGCAGUUUUCUCUGAGUCUCCUGUCGAAAUUAAACCUUGUCUCUGAGCUCCAUAACUCCUGGAUACAGGAGAAGACAAAAGCUCUGGCUGCCCUCACGGAGGGGCUGCUGCCGAGCGGUGCAUCCUGCCCCUUUCCGGUCAUGCAGGAUGCGGGUGGUGCGCUCCCGUUUCGGCUUUUGAACAGCCUCGCUCCUUUCACGCUAAACAAAACAG